AUGGCAUCAUCGCAAGUUCAAUUUGCUGCUCCUUUUCAAUUUGGUUGUGUUUCUCCUGGUGCUGCAUGCCAUGAGCACAUCAAGAACUUUGAACAGGACAAUCUUGAUGAUUCUUGGGUCUCAAGAGUUUCUAGGAACAACCUUGGAACUCUUGGUUUCUUAAAAAAGAAUCAUGUUUCAGUCAAUGAAAAAGAAGAUUCUUCGCUGUCUGCGCUGAUGAGCCCAAGGCACUCAGCAACAGUUAAGGACCAUCAUCAUAAUAAUCAUCAUCAUGAUAAACGUAAGGAGAAUCCUCUAAGGUGUUCAAGUUUUGUUUUGAGGUCCUCCAAAUCUUGUGCUCCUGCUGAUGACUCUUCAUCUGUAGCUGAUAUCUCGCACCUCGCGGCUUCUUCUCUUGUUCGGAUAUGGGAGAAAAGGCUCCACCAUUACAACAAUGAGGCUCAGGCUCAGGUUCAGGCCCAGGCUCAGGCUCAGGCUCAGGCUCCAGUAUCUCCGGUCCCAGGUAGCCCGCGCAUUAGGGGACGCCGCGCAUUCAGUGAUUUGUUGUUGCAGUUUGAGAAUGAUCGCUACAGAGAGCUUAAGGACCUUGCAUUGAGGGCUCCAGUUUCCAAGUUCACACAAAGAGGUCGCAUUCAGUCAGUGCUGAAACUAAGAUUGUUACAACGCGGAGUAGCAGAAGCUUUUGAUCAAUCAGCAAUAUCUAAGAUGAACAAGAACAACCAACCACAAGGAUAUGCAAUUAAGGAGAUAAGGGAAAGAUUUGGCACAGGAAUUAAGCAUAAAUCUCCAGCCCCAACAAUAGUUUCAGAUCCAGGAAUGACUCAGAGAAAUGUAUCAAAUAACAUGACAGAACCUAAACAGAACGCAAUCAUGCAGACUAGUUCCAAUAACAAGGAAUUAGAUCAUUCAAGUUCAUAUCUCACAUUCCAAGGACAGAGAUUGGAUUCUCAAAAUGAUGAUGAUGAAGUUACAAAAGAAAUUACUAUCACGCCUUCACCAAUGGUUGAUUCAAAUGCAAAUAAAUCUGAUCAUAACGUAGAGACAAGUGAACAGAAAUAUCCCACUACUGCUAAUACUACUGAAGCUUGUCACAAUCAUACAUCAGAAAAGGAGAAUGGAAUUAACCAGCAGCAGUGUACCGAAAACUGUUACGAUGAAAUCGCAGAGGAAGAGGAAGAGAUCGAUGACCAAACCUAUGAUGAAGAUAGUAGUUAUGAUUGGAUCAGUCCUAUUUCUCGACCUAGAAGCUACUGGGAAGAACGUCGUCAAGAAUGGUAUAGGGAGAUGCUUGGCUAUGGUUCGGACAAUGACGAAAUCCGCAAUCUCCUUCAAAGAAAAACAGUUUCCACAUUCCUUUCAACCGCCGAGUUCCGCGAAAAGAUAGAUAGAUUAAUGAUGUCUCGAACUGGAUCGAUAUCACGAACACUUCAGGGUGACGACGGUGACGACGAUGACUAUGAAGAGAGAAGGCACCGUCGAUUAAUGGAGUUUUUCAAACAGCGCCUAAAUUCGAGUGGCAGUCCUCAAGAAAGUGGCAGAGACGAGGAAGCGAGAGGUAAUGAAGAAGAGAAGAGGAUAAAUAAUCAUCAAGAAGGAAAGGGAACAGGUAUCAUUAACCAUGAUUUGGAUCAUGAAUCGAGUGAUUGUUCAAGUAACUCUUCGCCAACGCUUCAUACACCUUCCCCUGUGAGUUCAUGGAGUUACAAAGACGGUGAAUUAACCGGCGAUGAGUAUGAUAGGGUUACAUAUAUAUCAUCACAACCUCAACCACCGCCUCCUCAGUCGGAGUGUUCUUGUCAGCAUAGGCGCCAAUUCUCUUCAUCCUCCUCAACUCCAUCUUCAAUUGUGAGUCUUCAAUCUUGCAUAGAAAUGGAUUUCUUGUAUGAUAUGAGAGGGCAAAUGGGUCAACUCUUUCGCGAAAUAUCUGAGCUGAGGAACUCCAUUAACAGUUGCAUCAGUAUGCAGAUGCAGAUGCAGAUGCAAAUGCAACAAUUCAAGAACCAGGAUGUUUACUCCGCUAAGAAAGAAGAAGAGCAGAAACUCAACAAUAAUACCUCAAAGAAAGGCAAAUGUCGCAUUUGCAAUGACAGUAAAGUUGAGGCAGUUUUUUACAGAUGUGGACACAUGUGUGCUUGUCUCAAGUGUGCAAAUGAGUUGCAAUGGAAAGGAGAAAAUUGUCCUAUUUGUAUGAGUCCAGUCUUUGAUGUUGUGCGAGUAUAUGAUGAGUGAUGUGACAAAUUCAGGAAUUAGAAGUCUACAUUAAUAUAUACGAUGGGUAGA